AGCCAGCCAGCCCAGGAGCGCAGCGGAGCGCAGCGCGGGGAGGGUUAACCCGCCCAUGUAAACGUCGUCUGGGGCUUGUCAGUUUCCGAUUCGAGACCCGGGAAAAAAAGGGGGAAAAGGCACGCCUGGCAGCGGGCGGGCACAGCAGCCUCGGCGGCAGCAGGAACCGCGGGGACCCCGACGGAAAGGAAGAGGAGGCGGGCGCCGAGGUUAACAUGAAGAAGGAGAAGGUGGUCCAGUGGACGAUGGACAGCGAGGAGGAGAACCUGGUCUUGGUCAAUGGAAGCUGCGGUGACCCAGCCAAGGACAAGGCAGAGCCUACCUUGAAAGUCAAAAGGAAGCAGAAGAAUUCAGAUGUCGGUGACGCAGAGAAAGUGCCUCGCAAGGCGAAGUGGAAGGAACAGGAGGAGGAGGUUCCCAAAGAAGGCCAAGAGGAGGUGCGGAGGCGCGGAUCCGCUGGCUGGGAGAACAGUUUGCGGCAGAAACCCCCUCCUCGCAUCGUCUUCCAGGCCGGACCCGUUGCGCAGGAGAAGAAUGUGAAAGAUGACAUGGAGAGCGUGGAGAGCUUUAAGGAGCGACACAAAAUCAGGUUUUCCAGGAGAAUCUCUGCAUCUGCCCAAGUGGACUACUCAGAGGAGAACCUUGUGCAGUCUAGCCAGAGCGGCGGCAGCAGCAAUAUUGGGGUACCAAAUGGCUGCCUCUUGACAGGGACCCCGAGUGAUGCAGAGGAAUACCAGGACAGCAAGGGUUUUCGAAUCGGUGAGCUCGUCUGGGGGAAGAUCAGGGGCUUUGCUUGGUGGCCCGCCAUCGUCGUGUCAUGGAGGGCCACAUUCAACCGCAAGGCGGCCCCCGGGAUACGUUGGGUCCAGUGGUUUGGCGAUGGAAAGUUUUCGGAGGUCUCGGUAGACAAGCUGGUGGGGCUGUUGGCGUUCCAGGAGCAUUUCAACUCCACCACGUUCCACAAGUUGGUUUCGUACCGGCAAGCCAUCCUUCAUGUCUUGGAGGUGGCAAGCAGCCGAGCAGGCAAGUCGUUCUCGAGUGCUCCAGGGGAUUCUCUCGAAGACAAGCUGAAGCCCAUGGUGGAGUGGGCCAUGAAUGGCUUCAAGCCCACCGGAGGGAAAGGACUGAAGCCGCCCAAGACCUCAGACAGCAGUCUCCUCAGCCAGAAAAGCUCUGAAGAAUCUGCCCCUCCUGAACUGCCUUCCCCUGAACCUGCCCCCCCAGCCAAGCGGCUCAAGACCAAUGUCUGCAAUGGGAGCAACAAGGAGCAGGCGGAGGAGAACCAGAGCAGAGAGUCGAUGGCUUCUGAAGUCAAGCACAACAAGAAGAGCUUGGAAGACAGCUGCUUGUCAUGUUGGAAGAAGAAUCCGGUGACCACCCACCCCCUGUUCGAAGGGGGCCUCUGUGAGACUUGCCAGGUUCAGUUCCUAGAAUUUUUCUACAUGUACGAUGAAGACGGGUACCAGGCUUACUGCAGCAUUUGUUGCGCGGGGAACGAGCUGCUUCUCUGUGACAAUGCCAACUGCUUCAGGUGCUUCUGUGUGGACUGCCUGAACCUGCUAGUGGGUCGUGGGGCGGCCGACGCAGCCAGAAAGGAGGACCCCUGGAGCUGCUACAUGUGCCAGCCGCAAGAGCGCCACGGGGUGCUUCAGAGGAGGGGCGACUGGAACACCCGCCUGAAGGAGUUCUUCACAGACGAGAAGGGGCUUGAAUACGAGCCACCAAAAAUCUACCCUGCCAUCCCAGCGGCAAACAGGAGGCCAAUCAGAGUUCUGUCUCUCUUUGAUGGAAUUGCGACAGGCUACCUCGUCCUGCAGGAUCUUGGCAUCCAGGUGGAGAAGUACGUCGCCUCUGAGAUCUGCGAGGAGUCCAUAGCUGUGGGAACUGUGCGGCACGAAGGGAACAUCAAAUACGUGCAUGACGUCAGGAACAUAACCAAGAAAAAUAUUGACGAAUGGGGCCCUUUUGACCUGGUGAUUGGCGGAAGCCCCUGCAACGACCUCUCCAUCGUCAACCCUGCCAGGAAGGGCCUGUAUGGUAAGCAGCCCUUGAAUGGAUGGGGGCUCUCAGCUUGGCUCCUCAACCCAGAAGUUUUUUUUUUUUUUAAUGUCCUAUACUCCUUUGACCCACCCGUCUUCCUCCUUGCAGAGGGGACCGGGCGACUCUUCUUCGAGUUCUACCACCUUCUCAAUUACACGCGCCCCAAAGCCGGGGAGGAUCGCCCCUUCUUUUGGCUGUUUGAGAAUGUCGUGGCCAUGCGCAUCAACGACAAGAGGGACAUCUCUCGUUUCCUGGAGUGUAACCCUAUUAUGAUUGAUGCCGUCAAAGUCUCGGCUGCACACCGGGCACGAUACUUCUGGGGGAAUCUGCCUGGGAUGAACAGGCCCCUGGUAGCUUCGACGACAGAUAAACUUGAACUUCAGGACUGCUUGGAGUACGGCAGAACAGCCAAGUUGAAAAAGGUCCAGACCAUCACCACAAAGUCUAAUUCCAUCAGGCAGGGGAAAGCCCAGACUUUCCCAGUGCGGAUGAAUGGCAAGGACGACAAUUUGUGGUGCACUGAAUUGGAAAGGAUCUUUGGCUUCCCCCACCAUUACACCGACUUGUCCAACAUGGGGCGUGGAACUCGCCAGAAGCUGCUUGGCAGGGCGUGGAGUGUCCCGGUCAUCCGCCACCUGUUUGCUCCGCUCAAGGAUUAUUUUGCCUGCGACUAGGGAGCAGGUGGGGUGCCCAGGUCUCCUUUGAGCAAGCAGCCUUGGGAGAGGAGGGCCUCAAAGAGCUUGGAACGACACCCUCCUGCAAGUGCGACCCACAGCACAGCAUCUCCCCUUCGCCACCCUCUGCAAGCGCCACCAUGGAGACUGGAAGGAUGGGAAUGUUCCUUUCCAUCAAUACUGACAUUUCUAAAAGGUCAAAAGACCUCUGUUUACUCACCGUGCAAAACACUGUUGUGUCCAUGGAGGGACACGACUGCAGCAUUAGCCAACCAUUUCCCCUAAGAUCAAUGUCAGUCGCUGCCUGACUGAGAGGCAGUUUUCUGACGGGCUGUACGAAAGCCCCACAAACUUGAAAAAUAUUUUUUAAAAGGAUGAGCGACAGAAUCUCUCCAGGGACUAUCAUGAAGAAACCAAAAUUGCAGCAACAAUCCUGCCUUGCUGUGUUUUGUACACUGGAACAAUCAGGAUCAGACGAGGAGACUCUUCUCCUUUUUAUCCUUCUUUUUAAACUAUAUAUAUAAAUAUAUAGAACAAAAACUUUUUUUAAAAAAGCGAGACACUUGGCUGCUGCUUUUUUCAGCGUUAUGUGUGAAUGGUGGAAAUUCCUCAAGAGGAGUUUAGUUGAAACACAAGUGUGGGAUAAUUAUAGUAGCUAGAGCAAAAGAAAAUCGACCAACCAACUCUGCCAAAUGCAUCCAGGUAUACUUUUAAACUACUAAUCUAUCUUAAAAAAUAUGCUGUUAAAGUUAACAUACAGUCCACCUGGAAUUUUCUUGCACAGACCCAUUGAAGUGACCCAGAGCCCCUUGCAAGAGCCCCUCUGAGCUUUCCCACAAAUUCUUGUUUCACCUGGGGGGCAGAGAAGAUCUCGGGGGCUGUUCUCUUGGCCUUCGGGGUUGAGCAAAGGGGAAUAAGAGCGUCACGUUUGGCCCCCGCCCUCCAAAAAAUUCUGCAAAUGCCUAUGCUGCUGUGGACUCACAACCUGUAGGACACGUUGAUCUUUGUUUGCAAUGCCCCCAACAGGACUUCAUGCAGAGGGACAUCAGGUCUGAAACUUAUUGAUGCUGCUAUUUUCCUCAUGAAUGUUAGCUCCGUUUCCCCAACCCUAACUUGGCAUUACCUUGUACCGCUGGCUUUGUUACGGAAAGGAAAUGACAUCUGUCUGCUGGGGCAACUUGUUUUUGUAGGCCGUCUCUCUUUCCACCCAUCAAGGCACUGCCAUCUGCUAAGAAGCAGCGUUUGAUACAGUGGAUAUGAUGCAACUCAAUGGGUUCUUUCCCAUGGAGGAUGGAGCUGGAGAGAUCCUUUCACAUGCCUCCGGGUUCUGUGCCACUUGCCAAAGAAAGGAGACCUUUUUCGGAUCAGGCAGCUGUGGGGACGUGCUUUUCUAGCCCACAACUUCUCAAGCAGCCUUCCCCAGUCUGGUGGCUUCUAGGUUGGGAAAGACUGCUAUGGAGGUUGCCAUAGCGCUUGACUUGAUGUCAAGGAGAAUGGGUAGCAGGUUGGCCAAGAAUCAUUCAGGGGGAAAAGGAAGCUCCACUGAUAGGAAUGAGAGCAAGCAGAAGGGCACGACUGUGGGCACACACUCCUCGCAUUCGUUCCAUUGGCUUGUGAGCAGGAGACCUUCCUAGUGGACACGUCACAGAUUAUUCAAGUUUGUUCCCCACGCGCCAUCAGUAUUUCAAGGUACAGGUCCAAGCUGUGCUCCAAGCUCCCCCACUGAACAACAGCCAAAAACAUGUUGCUCGGGGAACAUACUAAGUAUGGCAGAGAUGUCCUCCUCUGCUCCCCAGCAUAGCUGCAGCAAUGUCAGCUUUGCCCAGAUUUAUCUCCAGCAGACAUUGCAUCAGAUUGGGCUGUUGGCUGGAAGUUCUCUUUCACCGCCUGGGUCCUUCAGGAAGCAACAGCUCAGGGAAGCCGAUUCAAACCAGAGAAGGAAGCUUUCCUCCUUCUCUGUCUUUUGCUUGGCCCAGGUAUCAUCUCUCUCAUCCGUGCCACCGCUGAAGAAACUGCCAACACUGGAGUAGUGAAUUGGUCCUACGUUUUGGGAACUGCUGUCUUAUUUUAAGAGUGUCGGCGAUAAGCUGGAGUCUGUACUUUCUGCUUGCGAAUGAACGCCAGUAAUCUUGAGCAGAGAUGCCUCGGAAGACACAUUACAGGAGAGGGUACCAGGUCUGGCUUAUUUGGAAUACCUGGGCUUGAAACCAUGACCCUCCCAUGUGCUGGAAUUCCACUGAUUUUCCUGCCAUAUGAAUGGAUCUUAAGAUAAACAGGUAGCAACUGAGCCACUGGGCAGAAAACCACAUGGGCUCCUCUGAGCCCAAGCUUUGUCCAUGAAAAUCAAACGGCUGGAAUGGAAAUGGAAAUGUAUGUAACUCAAGAAAGGGAGUUAACCAUAUGUGCCUUCUUGUCCUUUAUUUUCUUUUAUUAUUUUGUUUUCCAGACCACAAUAACAGAACUGCGAUUUCAACAAGUUUAGGCUUCUUUGCUAAAAACAGUAAGACUUGAAAGACCCUCCAUCAGAGGAGGACAAGGAGUAGGAAGCAAGGUAGAAAAAGAAACUGAGGAGACUGUCUGCUUGUGAAACUUGCACAAAAAGUAGCAAUAACUAUAAUGUCUGUUCCUGGGCAAAAUCCACUAUUUUACUGCAUUUUUGCCUCUUUUUAAAGAUGCAUUUCAGGCACGUUGUUGUGACAAUGUUUUAUAAGGUUUUCCUGUCUCUUGUUGGUGCUAUAUUUUUAGAAUUUUUGAUGCCAAAACUGUUUUUUUAUACUAUCGUUUUUAUAAAAACAUACGACAAACUUUGUUUUUCUCUUUUUGUUUGUUUCUAUUGUUUUGAUUUUUAUGAGCUUCGUGAAGCGGAAGCUCAGUACCAAAGUGAACAUCUGAGCCUUUGCAAGGGGGAAAUUGGGUGCUGUUGUGUUUUUCUGUGUUUGUGUGUUUCGUUUUUGUUUUUUUACUGGAAAUGAAAACAACUGGUUUCUAAAGAGUUUACCUCGAACAUUUUCCAUUGUUUAAUUAAAGUCAGUGUUCUAUAACUGAG